UGAAGACUGAAAAGAGCUGUGUUUCGAGAGCUUUUAUUGAUGUUAGAAAUUCUUGAACGAAGCCUUUAUGUUUAGCUCAGCAUAUAACUGGAUGAGGAGAUGAUGAAUUACGAAGGCUACAGUGAGAAUUCUGCAAUAAAUCUGUCAACUUCCCAAGUUACCAGAGGACCUGCAACGGCUACAAAUGGAAUGGGUGAUUCCGAAGAGAGUCAAAGUUCUAGCAAAGCCGUGGGCCGAGGCACUGACACCGUCUCUGAAACAUCAUCUUUAAGCUCUGCUCAACUUCUAAUGAUACCUCAUCAAGUCCAGAUGCAGCAGUUCCUUUCCCCUGCUCAGAUACAACAGUUCCUGCAGCAGCAAGCGCUGUAUUACCAAAGACAACAACAGCAUCAACAGCAGCUAAAGCAACUGGAAUCUUUUAUCCCUCAUUUACAAGAACAGAUCCAAAUGAAUAUGAUGCAACAGAAUCAAGUCCUACAGCAGCUUACAAAUCUUCCGAUGGAACUGUCGUCAGAGAAAGGCGCGCGACAUCAGUUGCAGGCACAGUUGCAGCAACUUUCAACGGAACAGCGCCAGCUGAUCCAGCAAAUGCAACAGACUCACACACAGUACCUCAUGGCUGCCAACCCCUACAAUACCUCUAUCCAAGGUGAGAAAAUUGACUCGGUUGUGACAUCAUGGAAGGGGAAUGAAGAGCUAAACAUAACAAAUGGAAACCAUCUCACUCCCGCCUCAACGUCUCAACAACAAAACGGACAACAAAAUGUGGGGUCACCAUCAUUGACUCCACCAUCUAAUCGUAGAACUGCAACUCCGAAAGAAGAACCUCCCACCCAUCUACUUUACGGACAUGGAGUCUGUAAAUGGCCCGGAUGUGAAACAUUCUGCGAUGAUUAUCAGGACUUUCUCAAGCAUCUGAACGUAGAACACCAGUUAGAUGACCGAAGUACCGCUCAAGCCCGCGUACAAAUGCAAGUGGUUUCACAGCUAGAAAUGCAGCUGAAUAAAGAAAAAAACCGUCUUCAAGCUAUGAUGGAUCAUUUACAUAUGAAAACUAGUGGGUCGAAUGCUUCGGACAUGGUCAAUACAAACACGAAGAGCAACAAUAACUGUAAACUUCCUUCUUCAAAGUCCUCGCAGCAGUCUUCUCCGUUAAAUCUUCUUCCACCCUGCAAUCUACAAAUGUCCACCAUAUCUUCAUCUAUGUUAAACAUUCCAUCGAGACUUCUCCCUACGUUAAGCCAACCCAUGAUCCCCCCGCCCUCCACAGGACCUAUGAGAAGAAGACUUAGUGAUAAAGGAUAUCACCAUCCUAUGUCUGGUCAUUCGCAAAUAGUUUCAGGACAUUUUGAAUUUGUUUCAGCGUUGGAUCAACACGGGUAUCCCGAUGUCCCUCUUCGGCGAAGAGCGGCAGAAAGGGUCAAUUUGGACAUAACGGAAGAAAUAACAAGGAAUCGAGAGUUUUACAAGAAUGCAGAUGUCCGUCCUCCAUUCACUUAUGCCUCUCUUAUAAGACAGGCAAUUAUCGAAUCUCCUGAAAGGCAGCUAACAUUAAACGAAAUAUAUAAUUGGUUCCAGAAUACGUUUUGCUACUUUAGAAGGAAUGCGGCAACGUGGAAGAAUGCAAUACGCACCAACCUGUCCCUCCAUAAGUGUUUUGUACGAUAUGAGGAUGACUUUGGCUCGUUCUGGAUGGUAGAUGACUGUGAGUUUGUCAACAGACGUCAUUUGAGUCGUGGACGGCCGAGAAAGUUUCCGGAAACGAACGAGCAUUAUCCUGUUUCACAGACACUCUCUCUUGGUUUACAGCAAGAAGUUCAAAAUUCAACAGCUUGUUCAAAGGGAUAUACAGAUCCUCUCACCACAUCAUCCCAGAACAAUUCUAGCAAACUACCCAAUUACCUAUCGAUAAAAUCUGUAAAUGAUGUCACUCCCUUAUCCUCCCAUGCCGUACCAUCAUCAGGCAAUAUGACAUCCUGUCCACUUGAUGCUGAUAACUUUGUUUCGAGUCUUAUGUGUCAUAGCAUGGAAAUGGCAUCAAAAGAACAAACAAGAAACGUGCACGUGAAACAAGAACCUGAAAAUGAAGAUAUCAAUGACAUUGGAGAGAGAUACUUAGUUGAAGAACCAGAAGAAGCCAGUGGUUCAGAAGAAGCAGAAGAUCUUUCUGCACAGCAAAACAGUGGAUGCGUAGGGCAACAGUCUUCAAGAUCGAGAACAUCUAUAGUAAUGCCAAAUGCAGAAUGAUCUUAAAUACGAAUUUAUGUGAAUAUAUGGAUUUCACUGUUAUCUGCCCUUGAAUCAACACUUUUGAGCAGGUGACAAAGUUUAUCCUGCCAGACGAAUUUUGUUACAUUCAAGAUAGAUUGUGCUAACAUCUGCAAUAUUGAAUUUCAGUAGUGUGACACCUUUUCAUCUAUUAUUAUGGAAACUUCCCAUAGGACAAAAGGAGGACUUGUGAAACGAUGAAGAGUAGUAAACCUGUUAAUUCUUUCAAGUUUAAUGAAUUUUUUAUACAAAAUGUGGUUUUAGUAAAAUGGCUAACAGAACUUAUAGCUCAUAGAACAGUAAUUAUUUCAAAGCGUGAAAAAAUAUGUAACGAUAAACUUAGUUUUGUUUCCAUAGUUUAGCAACAUUUUGUGCUUUGAUUAAUAGUAGACUGUUUUUAAUAUCAAGUGAUAUACAUAAAAUUAAAAGAACGUAAACAUUUUCAAGGUUCUAAAUAAUCCAACCUAUUUAAAUCUAAUUUUAAAGCAAAUGAUAUGCAAAUGCAUAUAUACACAAAGAACUUGCGAAAGGUAGCUAUUGGAUUUAUUUCCUUAAAUAUUUAGCCUAGACAGGCCUUUACGUAAAGACAAUAACUUUAAGUGUUAUUUCCAUUGCGAUUAGUAGGAUAAGAAACACUACACUGUUUCUAGCUGGACCAAGGGGUCAGCUAGAAAGUUAACGACGAGUGAGUUUUUAUUCAAUGUGGAACCCUUCAUUGUCAAAACGAGCCAAUUUUAUUUUGGUUUGUUCCUAGAUCUGGUGAAAAUCAGUUCAAAAUCCUUUAGCAAUAGCUACUGAAAAGGAAUCGUCAGUAAAUUCGUUUCCCGUGUUCUUGUUUCGUAUUUUUGGACUUUGCACAAAAAAGUGCAGCAGUUCCCCCCCCCCACACACACACACAAAAAAAAAAAAAAAAAAAAGUGUAGCAGUUUCUUUUUUUACUUUAUUUCUUAAAACUUUAAUUAAUACUUUUUUAACCGAGUAUUUUAAUCUUAACAUACUAUAAAACUUGAAUUUCAUAUUUGCAGGAACAUCGUUUGUUCCUAGCUGCAACUAUUUUUAUAAGCUUAUCUACUCUUUUUUUCAGAAACUCUACAAAAGUAAUCAAUUAUAAUCAACAGUUAAGGAAAUAAAAAAAUGUAGCUACCUUCUUUUUAACAUCUCGAAUAAUAUUUAAUUUUUCCCAAAGAAAGUGAGGAUUUAACCUUUGUUACAUGCAGCACAAGAAGAAACUCCUUGAAGAGAAAUAAUAGCUGUUGCACGUAUUCUGAAACAUCAUAUUUUGAGAAACAAACAAAAAUGUUUUUUUAUCCUUUAGCUAUUUAACAUAAAGUGUUAUUUAAAUUUUAAAAGUACAUGUAAAGAUUUUGGGGCAUAUUUUCAAACUUUUUUAUGCUUCGAAAGAAAGAAAAUUUAAUCAUAAACAUUUUACUGAAUUCAGGCUCAAAAUUCUUUUAACUGAUAACUUAAAAUAACAGAUUUCUGUCAAACAGAACAUAAUAUACUAUUCUCCCAACUGUGUAACAGUGUUGUAAUGCCAUUUUGUAAAUAAAUUUCAAACAUUCCA